UAAGCGCCAACACACUCACGGAAAGCACCACGACCUUUCAUGCUGCUAACAGCCGGAUUCUGUUUAUCUAAUGUGUAUUUAAAAUGCUUUAAGAGUAACUAAGGUGUGUUUGUGUGACAGUGAACAACAGAGCGGACAUGUUUCGGUGCUCGGUGGUGUUUUGUGGAAGAGGAGCCGCUAAAAGGUUCGCCUCGUCGUUCUCCAGUGAGAGCGCUCUGCCUCCCAACCUGCUGCUGCCCACCAACCUGGUGGAUCCUGCCAGGCUAAGGCGCGCCCCCCCCCCCUCAGACUCGCCCCUCCCUCUCCUCAGCAGGUGUGAUGCUGUGGUCCCUGCUCACCUGAGGCCCCUGCAGACGUGGGUGGAGACCCUGGAGCGUCUAGACGCCGAGCCGCUGGGUCUCACUGAGCUCCACCCCGACGUCUUCGCCGUGCAUCCCAGGCUCGAUAUUCUCUAUCAGGUUGAAACAUGGCAGAAAAACUUUAAAAGAGUCAGCCACGCACACACUAAGGUGAGGGGGGAGGUCAGAGGCGGAGGAAAGAAGCCGUGGAACCAGAAGGGAAGUGGAAGAGCUCGACAUGGAAGCAUCCGGUCGCCAUUAUGGAGAGGAGGCGGCGUGGCUAACGGACCCCGAGGCCCCACCAGUUAUUACUACAUGCUGCCCAUGAAGGUCCGAGUGCAGGGACUCAAAGUGGCUCUGAGCUCCAAGAUGGCUCAGGACUACCUGUACGUGGUGGACUCUCUGGACCUCCCCUCCCCCGACCCUCAGUACCUGCUGGACCUCAUCAAACACAAACACUGGGGGGAGUCCGUGUUGAUCGUAGAUGUAGGUGAAGAGUUCUCCGAGAACAUCCUCCAGGCGACAGCUAACCUGAAGACCGUGAACAUUAUUCCUGCUAUGGGUCUGAACGUGCACAGCAUGCUGAAGCACGAAGCCCUCGUCCUGACUCUGAACACCGUCAGGUUCCUGGAGGAGAAGCUGCUCUGGCACGACGAGCGCUUCACGUCCCUGUACCCGUUCGCCCUGCCGUACUCUGACCUCCCAUGAGACCCCACAUCAACAGAUUCAUGUUUUCUUCAUGUGUUUAUUAUGUCACACAAAAACAAUAAAUAAUGCCAAUUGUAAUAAAAAAAGUUGUAUUGAAAAA